AUGGAUGAGGCAGCAGCUAAUGGACACAUUGAAGUGGUGAAAUGGCUACAUAACAACCGAAUAGAGGGAUGUACGGUACGCGCUAUGGAUGGAGCUGCAGCAGGAGGACACCUUCGUAUCGUCAAAUGGCUACAUGCAAACCGCUCAGAGGGCUGCACGGUAGCUGCGAUGGAUGGAGCUGCUGCUCAUGGUAAGCUCGACACACUAAAAUGGCUACAUAAAAACCGAUCUGAGGGCUGCACUACUGCUGCUAUGGACAUGGCUGCAGCUGGUGGCUACUUUGAAGUGCUCUUGUUCUUACACACAAAGCGUUCGGAGGGCUGCACAAUGGAUGCAGCAGUCAACGCGAGUCGCUACGAGCAUGUGGAGAUUUUGCAGUGGUUUUUCCGCUUCUAUCCGCGUAUGAUCCACCGAGAAAAAGUCAUCGUCUUCGCCAAGCGAUAUAACUACUACCUCAUGGAUUGGCUACAUCGCAACUACCAGGCGUCAGGGGAACGCACUGUGCUGGCAGAAAUCAACUCGUCGUUCUACCUGACGCCCCCAGAGACUGAAGAACUGACCACGUAAAUGUAGAGACAGCAGACAACUACUAAAGUCAUGCAAAUAAAAAAAAAA